GCCAUGCACCGUCGACGAUCGCCAUCCAAUUCCAAUCAGCACAUCGCCGUAGCUGGAGGGAGAGCACACCGGCGUAGAUCUGACACCCAUUACAUUUGAAUGCCAUCAUCAGAAGAAGGGGGUGAAGUUUACUAAGGAUGGGGAUUCCUGGUGGCUUUCAAAUUUAUUCAUUUGGACAAAGGAGGAUUUUCAAGGCCAAGAAGAUUGAGAUAUCAGACUGCGGAUAGCCUCUGCCAUUGCGGCUAUUUGGGAAUAUGAACUUAUUUGUCUUUAACAUCUCACACCGUCCUACGUAAUGAUGAUGUGAAUAUGAACUGCCAAUUGAAGGUCUCAAAGGCAUUUUGUCAAAAGACAGGUACCAUACAUGUCGAUGGGUUUGAUAUUGGAAAUAUUCAGUUGGAUAGUUUGAGGAGACAUGUUGGUCUGGUCUCUCAAGAUAUUACACUCUUUUCUGGGACUAUUGCUGAGAACAUUGGGUAUAGGGAUCGAUUGAGUUCAUUGGAAAACUACCCAAUGAAUAUCAAACAAGCGUUGGCCCCCAGGGCUCAGUCUUUAGUGUAGGCCAGAAGCAAAGGUACAAUCUGAGCCCGAACUUGCAAUUGUGGACUCUCAUGACAGUAUGCACCAGGUGGUUUGUCCCCUCUGAAUUCAGUCAUUUCCAUGUUUUUUUUUAAAACCGUUUUCCAUGUUUUGUUAUGCGUCAAAAACAAUUGAUAUGUGAUAUUUCCUUAUCGUGACAAAAAUCUAUUUUAUUCUGAUAAGACAUCAAGCAUUCUGUUUCACUGCUUUUUAUCCUAUCAUCAACAGCAGCAGCAUCACCUUAUUCCCAAUUAGACAUGUCACUGAAAUGAAAUUAAGUGUCCAAUUAGUUUAUAAGAAAAUGGACUUAAUCACAACGUCGUAUGGGUUGCUGAAUGUAUCAAUUGGGAUUUUGGGGUGAGGGGGGUGGUCAUCUCUAUUCUUUGUGUGUGAGUGUGUGCACUUUUUUCUGCAGCAUUUAUGUAAACUUUCAUGGUUGUAGGAUAACCUUACCUCAGAGGAUAUGACCCUGAGUGGAUAUUAUGGAGCACAACAGAACAUGCAAGGACUGGUGGGUUGCUGCAUAUACUGAUAACUAGCCCCUGAUGUUUACUUUUAAAUUUUGUGAUUGAAGCAUAUGUUCGCAUUUAGCAGUAGGGCUGAACAAAAGAGACUAGCUGAAACAGAAGCGGUGAAAACCAAACUGCUCAAAAGCAAUUUUAACUUGUGCUGAUGAGUGUUGAUUUACCUGUAGAAGGUUCAGUUUGCUGUUUGGGGUUUAUGCAUUUUAACCAACUUAAGCCGACAGAAACCAAGGAAAACAUGCAAAACCAACCAAAACCGACACAAACUUGCCAAAAAUAACCAAACCAGAAUCAACUUGAGAGCAUUUUUAUCAACUUGAGAGCAUUUUUAUAGCCAAAGGAGGAGGAGCUUGGACAGUGAGUGUGCCAUUGCAGCAGGUAGGAUGAAAUUAUUUGUUCAAUAAUUCUUUUGUUACAGUGAGAUUCUUUACAUCAAUGGAAACACAGAAUAAUGCUUUGUGAGACCU